AUGUCAUUAAUGGAUUCGUCCCAACGUCGUCGUGAAGGUCCUGAGUUCGGUUCAUGGGCAUUCCUUUUAUGCCUUCGAGAGAGAGCUGGUUUAGAGCGCGGUGGAAAAGAGGAUGGAAUUGAGUAUGGAUUUAUAUGGAGGAGUACUUCGACUCAUCUACGGGGAGGAAAUGGGAAGAAGAUACUUCACUUCGAUUACGGAGGAGGGAUAUCCUAUGCUGAAAUCGUAAAGUAUUUGUGCGGUCAUGCUGGUGUUUUCAACAACUGCCGAGAUACGGUUAAGCGAGGGGAUGGAAGGCCUGUGUACUGCUUAUUUGGUGGAUACCGUCUUGCCGAUGCAGAAGAUGCUAAGCUGAAUGCUACAAUGGAAGAUCUAUAG